AUGACUAGUAAUUUGAAUAGGACUGGACUAUUAAAUCGCAGUGGACUAUUAAAUUUAAAAAAGACUUCAAUUUUAAACAGAGUCUUGACUUUUAAUAGGAACCAAUCUACUUCCACUCCACGCCUCAUUCAACUCUACAACGGAUCUCUAUCAGAUGUCUAUAGGAAGCUGAAAGUAUUCUCAUUUGGUUCUCUAGGCGCUGCAUUUGCUAUAUCACCCAUUAUUACCAUUCUAGACGCGCCUAUAAACACAGCAGGCAGAAUAUUCCUAAUAACAACCGCUCUCACCACAUCGAUAACGUCCACUGCAAUGAUUAACUGGUGCGGAAAGCCCUACGUAAGCUCAUUGAAGGUGUUGAGCAUCGGCGAUAGACAAUCUGUUGAACUCAUCACCCAUUCUUUCACUCUCAAGAAACUCAGAACACUUGUCCAUGACACUACGUGGUUGAGGAGGGCUGAUCGUCCUCUAGCCACCUGGGAGAUCUGCGAUGGUGAUGUAAGUGCUGCUGCUACUCAUGGGCGCGACGAUGGCGUCAGAGAAGUUAUUGCUCAGACUUUCCAUCUCACUUCCGGCAAAUUGAUCGGUGAGUGGUUUGUAAUUUGGAAGAGGGAUGGUGAUUCAGUGAGUGCGGAAGUCCAGAAGACUGGUGCUGUCGAUAGAUACUUCAAUGUCGAUGAGAAGUAUGUUCCGAGCGUGAGGGUCAAUUGA